AGUAACAGUCGAGCCGUAGAGCCGUUGAGCCGUAGAGCCGUGGAAAACUUAAGCUACAUGUACCCCAGCAAAUUCAUCACUUGAAUUUGGAACGCGCAGGCGACUGGUUCGUUAUUUCGUUGGCUCUGCCAAGCCAGAUAAUAACCAAAAAAAAAAAAAAAGAAAAAUAAAAAUUAAAGAGCUGCAUACAAAGUGUUGUAUUGCUAGUGAGAACUAUAAACCGAACACUGAAUAUAGCUUUAACGCAAAUCAACUGAUUUUUCGUGUGAACAGCGCUUAAGUUCUUCGCAAAUAUAUAAAAGUGCGCGAGAUAAUAAGAUUAUAAUACAGUCGACUUUUGGCGCCCUAAUAUUGUUGUUGAGAGCGAGCUAAGAUGCAGCCCUUGAAGCGCUUCACGCAGUGCGGCAGCCUGACUAUGCUCUUUGGCGUCUUCAUUAUACUCUUCGGCGUCAGCUCCACGGCUUUGACUACAUUCGGCAAGACCAAUAAUCAACCGCCGCCCACGCAAGGUCCCAUAAUCAAAGGUCGCGAGUGUAACACCAACGAUGACUGCUCGACAACAGAACGCACCAGCUGUGUGAAGGAUCCCAGCGACUUCAAGAUGCGUUGCCUCUGCGGAGACGAUUCGCCGCCCUCGGCCGGACUCUGCCUAGAUGUACUCAAAGGUCUGCGACAUCGAUGCCACAGCAAUCAUGAGUGUGAAGACGGCAUGGUUUGCCAAUUCGAGAAUAAUAACCGCACUAUUGGCGUAUCCAAGUUCAUGUCGAGUAAAACCAAGCUGUGCCUCUGCGAUAAUGACAACGGCUACGUGGAGGAUAUUUUGCACGACAUUUGCAGUGGUGCAAACCAACAAUAUGUUGUGAGCCUUUUGAUAUCGAUCUGCUCCUUGCUGUCGCCGUUUUUCUUCUCCGCUCACAUGAGCAUGAGGAAGCAUUUCUAGAAGGCUUCUUAAAGCAAUGGCAAUGGCAAUGGAAACCCAAACCCAAUGCAAUAUUUACGUUAAUAUCCAUCAAAUGUGCCUCAAUAAAUCAAAAAUCAAAGUUUGACAAUUUUAAUGCUCCAAUAAUGAUCUCUCUAAAAACUCAGUCAGCUCUGCAAUUGGCUAUACAAAUAGUAAAUGUCCACGUUUUGGCCCUCAUUAGCCCGAAUGUCGUUAUAUUAUGUAAGUUUCAUAAGUACCACCGUCAAUUUUAUUCGCUUCUCACACAAGUC